AUGAGUACGUCCUCCUGUAUUCGUUCUAGUAUGAGUACGUCCUCCUAUCUUCGUUCUGGUGUGAGUAUGUCCUCCUAUCUUCGUUCUAGUGUGAGUACGUCCUCCUAUCUUCGUUCUGGUGUGAGUACGUCCUCCUAUCUUCGUUCUAGUGUGAGUACGCCCUCCUAUCUUCGUUCUAGUGUGAGUACGUCCUCCUAUCUUCGUUCUGGUGUGAGUACGUCCUCCUAUCUUCGUUCUAGUAUUAGUACGUCCUCCUGUAUUCGUUCUAGUGUGAGUACGUCCUCCUAUCUUCGUUCUAGUGUGAGUACGUCCUCCUAUCUUCGUUCUAGUGUGAGUUCGUCCUCCUAUCUUCGUUCUAUUGUUAGUACGUCCUCCUAUCUUCGUUCUAUUGUGAGUACGUCCUCCUAUCUUCGUUCUGGUGUGAGUACGUCCUCCUAUCUUCGUUCUAGUACGUCCUCCUAUCUUCGUUCUAGUGAGAGUACGUCCUCCUAUCUUCGUUCUAGUGUGAGUACGUCCUCCUAUCUUCGUUCUAGUAUGAGUACGUCCUCCUGUAUUCGUUCUAGUAUGAGUACGUCCUCCUAUCUUCGUUCUGGUGUGAGUACGUCCUCCUAUCUUCGUUCUAGUAUGAGUACGUCCUCCUAUCUUCGUUCUAGUAUGAGUACGUCCUCCUGUAUUCGUUCUAGUAUGAGUACGUCCUCCUAUCUUCGUUUUGGUGUGAGUACGUCCUCCUAUCUUCGUUCUAGUGUGAGUACGUCCUCCUAUCUUCGUUCUGGUGUGAGUACGUCCUCCUAUCUUCGUUCUAGUAUGAGUACGUCCUCCUGUAUUCGUUCUAGUAUGAGUACGUCCUCCUAUCUUCGUUCUGGUGUGAGUACGUCCUCCUAUCUUCGUUCUGGUGUGAGUACGUCCUCCUAUCUUCGUUCUGGUGUGAGUACGUCCUCCUAUCUUCGUUCUGGUGUGAGUACGUCCUCCUAUCUUCGUUCUAGUAUGAGUACGUCCUCCUGUAUUCGUUCUAGUAUGAGUACGUCCUCCUAUCUUCGUUCUGGUGUGAGUACGUCCUCCUAUCUUCGUUCUAGUAUGAGUACGUCCUCCUAUCUUCGUUCUGGUGUGAGUACGUCCUCCUAUCUUCGUUCUAGUGUGAGUACGCCCUCCUAUCUUCGUUCUAGUGUGAGUACGUCCUCCUAUCUUCGUUCUGGUGUGAGUACGUCCUCCUAUCUUCGUUCUAGUGUGAGUACGUCCUCCUGUAUUCGUUCUAGUGUGAGUACGUCCUCCUAUCUUCGUUCUAGCGUGAGUACGUCCUCCUAUCUUCGUUCUAGUGUGAGUACGUCCUCCUAG